AGUGUAGAAGGCCUAGCUAGAUUCUCAGCCUUUUUUCAUCCCUUAUUCUGUCCUGGAUAGCUGGAUAUAUUAAAGGCCUAUAUCAAUAGCUCUAAAUCAAUAUUUCCAACUUUUCCAAAUGAUGAUAUAGGGAAAUGGACUUGGACUAAGUUUGUAAUAAGGCUUUGGAAAAGUCGAAGUGAUUGUUAUAACGUUGUUGUACACAGGCUAUACGCGUUUUCAACGAGGGAACUGCGUACCAGCAUGCAACUCCACAAAACAAAACAUCGACUCCUUAACCACAGCUUUUGGCACGCCCAAGUAGGAGGCUUGUCUCUGAAAGAGGUCAUUGUGUAGAGAUGUGAUUGUGUCUGCGAUGCUGUGUGGAGUGGACAAGACUCUGUACUGUAUUAGUUGGUCAGCACUGCAGGGAUUAGUUUCCUACACAGACGGGGAUUGCUAAGCCUGAAUCAUGCUCAUCGUCAUACAACUAACUGGGAGUGGAGCCGAAAUUGUGCAAGAUACAGAUAAGAGAUUUCUUUGGACCUAAAGAUUGCUCGGUUGUUGCCCGGAGUCAUGUUCCCCGCAAGUCCACCAUUCAGUUAUAAUGCUUCACGAGGACUCGACUUUUUUGGAACCAUCGUGAUUUGCUGAUGUCCACACGUGUUUUUGUUGAAGUGGCCAGGCUUGGAUAAAACUGGAUCAAAAGCUAAACAUUUUCGCGGAUAUAGUUUUUUUUUUUUUUGCUUGCUGGGAUUUGCUUAAAGUCAAGGAGGAAGGUGUGGACGAUAGUUUUAGCUAGUUGUGAUCCAGCAAAAAACAUUCAUAGACAUGGGGAACGCAGGGAGUAUUGACCAACAAACUGAUUUCAGGGGACAUAACAUGCCGUUGAAACUGCCUAUGCCGGAGCCAGGUGAAUUGGAGGAGAGAUUUGCAGUCGUUUUGAAUUCUAUGAACCUUCCUCCAGACAAAGCAAGACUACUGAGGCAGUACGAUAACGAGAAGAAGUGGGAGCUCAUCUGUGAUCAGGAACGAUUCCAAGUGAAAAACCCCCCUCACACGUACAUCCAGAAGCUGAGGGGUUAUCUGGACCCGGCAGUCACCAGGAAGAAAUUCCGGAGGAGGGUGCAGGAGUCUACCCAAGUCCUGAGAGAACUGGAAAUUUCAUUAAGGACCAACCACAUUGGGUGGGUGAGAGAAUUCUUAAACGAAGAAAACAAAGGCCUGGAUGUGUUGGUGGAAUAUCUCUCUUUUGCACAGUAUGCUGUCACGUUUGAUGGUGACAGCAUUGAGAACAAUCCGGAGAACUCGGUGGACAAGUCGAAGCCAUGGAGCAGGUCCAUAGAGGACCUCCAUGGAGUGACCAGCCUUCCAUCCCCGGUCACUGGAAACAGCAUCUCCCGUUCAGGGAGACACUCCACGUUACGUCUUCUGUUCCGAGUCCCAGACUUCAGCAGCAACAGCAGGACGCCGAGCUCUUUGAAAUGCCCCAAGUGUUCGCAAGGACGAUGUUGCAACACCCUGCCGAGCCGGAGAACUCUGAAGAACUCCCGGCUGGUCUGUAAGAAGGACGACGUUCACGUCUGCAUCAUGUGCCUGCGGGCUAUCAUGAACUACCAGUACGGCUUCAACAUGGUGAUGUCCCACCCGCAUGCUGUCAAUGAAAUUGCACUUAGUCUCAACAAUAAAAAUCCAAGAACCAAAGCUCUGGUGUUGGAGCUACUGGCCGCAGUGUGUCUCGUGAGGGGGGGACAUGAAAUCAUUCUCUCUGCGUUUGACAACUUCAAGGAGGUGUGUGCUGAGACCCAGAGGUUUGAGAAGCUGAUGGAGCACUUUAAGGACAUGGACAACAACAUUGACUUCAUGGUGGCAUGUAUGCAGUUCAUCAACAUCGUGGUCCACUCAGUAGAAGACAUGAACUUCAGGGUUCACCUACAGUACGACUUCACCAAGCUCUGUCUGGACGACUACUUGGAUAAACUGAAACACACUGAGAGUGACAAGCUGCAGGUGCAGAUCCAGGCGUACCUGGACAACGUAUUCGACGUGGGAGCGCUGUUGGAGGAUGCCGAGACCAAGAACGCAGCACUGGAACGCGUGGAGGAGCUGGAGGAGAACAUGUCACAUAUGACAGAGAAGCUGCAGGACACGGAGAAUGAGGCCAUGUCCAAGAUCGUGGAGCUGGAGAAACAGCUGAUGGCACGCAACAAGGAGCUGGACUCCAUCAGGGAAGUGUACAAGGACGCCAGCUCGCAGGUGCACACGCUGCGACGGAUAGUGAAGGAGAAGGAUGACGCCAUCCAGAGGCAGUGCCACCUGGAAAAGAAGAUCCACGAGUUGGAGAAACAAGGCACUAUCAAGAUCCAGAAGAAGGGCGACGGGGACAUCUCCAUCCUGCCCUCGCCUCCUGCCCCCGGGGGUCCGCUGGUGGCCGGAACGGAGGGCGUGUCGGGGAUCUAUAACGGGGGGUCGAAUGGGUUGUCGGGGAUGCCCGGGCCGCCCCCCCCUCCCCCACCACCUGGAUCCGGAGCUGUGCCAAAUGGACCACUCGCUGGCCCUGCCGCACCUCCCCCUCCCCCUCCUCCGCCUCCUCCUCCCCCACCGCCACCCCCCAGCCCCAUGGAGGUGUCCGUCCCCCUGCCCCCGCCUCCACCGCCUAUGGCCCCCCCACUUCCCGGCUGCGGAUCCCCCACCGUCAUCUUCAACUCAGGAUUAGCGGCCGUGAAGAUUAAGAAGCCCAUCAAGACCAAGUUCCGCAUGCCCGUGUUUAACUGGGUGGCACUGAAGCCUAACCAAAUCAACGGCACGGUGUUCAAUGAGAUCGACGACGAGAGGAUACUGGAGGACCUGAACGUGGAAGAGUUUGAGGAGAUGUUCAAGACGAAAGCACAGGGCCCGGCCUUGGACGUGAGCAUGAGCAAGACCAAGAUCAUCCAGAAGGGUCCCAACAAGGUGGCGCUGCUGGAUGCCAACCGGGCGAAGAACAUGGCUAUCACCCUGAGGAAAGUGGGCAAGGCCCCCGAGGAGAUCUGCAAGGCCAUUCAGCUGUUUGACCUGCGCACCCUGUCAGUGGACUACGUGGAGUGCCUGAUGCGUUUCCUGCCCACGGAGAACGAGGUGAAGAUCAUGCGUCAGUACGAGAAGGAAAGGAAGCCGCUCGAGGUGCUGACAGACGAGGACCGCUUCAUGAUGCACUUCAGUAAAAUCGAGCGGCUCAUGCAGAAGAUGACCAUCAUGGCCUUCAUCGGCAACUUCUGUGAGAGUGUCCAGAUGCUGACACCGCAACUUCACGCGAUUAUCGCAGCGUCUGUGUCAAUAAAGUCCUCACAGAAACUCAAGAAAAUUCUUGAGAUUAUCCUGGCUCUUGGAAACUACAUGAAUAGCAGUAAACGUGGAGCAGUGUACGGUUUUAAACUACAAAGUUUAGAUUUGCUUCUAGACACCAAGUCGACAGACCGGAAACUGACACUGCUGCACUACAUAGCCAACGUGGUGAAGGAGAAGUACCACCAAGUGAAUCUGUUCUACAAUGAACUGCAUUAUGUGGAGAAGGCUGCCGCAGUGUCGUUGGAAAACGUUCUGCUGGACGUGAAGGAGCUCCAGCGUGGCAUGGACCUGACCAAGCGGGAGUACAGCAUGCAUGGCCACAACACCAUGCUGAAAGACUUCAUCACACAUAAUGAGGGCAAGCUGAAGAAGCUGCAGGAUGACGCCAAGAUCGCACAGGAUGCCUUCGACGAGGCUGUCAAAUUCUUUGGCGAGAAUUCCAAAACAACGCCUCCGUCCGUGUUUUUCCCGGUGUUUGUGCGCUUUGUCAGGGCCUACAGGCAAGCGGAGGAGGAUAACGAGCAGAGGAAGAGAGCAGAGCAGAUCAUGAUGGAGAGACUUCUGGAGCAGGAGGCCAUGAUGGACCAGGAAGACCAGAAGUCUCCAUCCCAUAAAAACAGUAGGAGCAGGAGCCAGCAGCACGAGCUGAUAGCUGAGCUGAAGAAGAAGCAGGUGAAAGACACAGGCAGCCGCCACGUCUACGAGGGGAAGGAUGGAGCAAUCGAAGACAUCAUCACCGCGCUAAAGAAGAAUAAUAUUACUAAAUUUCCAAAUGUCCACUCGAGGAUCUUCGAAAUCAGCCUUACAGACGAGCCGACGCGGUGAGGAGGAGUGUCAGGAGACGCUUUGACGACCAGAACUUGCGACCGGUCAAUAACGCUGAAGUGGUCAUGUGAUGAGGGAACAGUGCAUGUGCUAGGGGAGGCGUGAGGAGGGGGAGGGACAGGGAAAGUCUAGCAGCCUCUCUCUCUGAACCACUAAAGGAGAGGAAUAUUGAAAGAGAAGAAUGGACUGAAAAAAAGAUGAAUGGACUGAAGGAAAGAGAUAGAUGUGUCUGAAAGUUCAGUUAUAGGGAACCUUAGACAAGCCAAGUGCCUAAAACAUACUUUUUAUGUGAGAGUUUAUUUGUCUUUUGUCCGUCUGUCCGUAUUUUUUUUCUUCUUCAAGCAAUACAACUUGAACUGGCUUUAACUGUAUUUUCUUUUUAUGUGUAAACUGGACACAGACGUCUGUAGGGGAAUUCCUGAAAGAGAUUUUUCCUGAGAGAAGUGUAGAAUGUAUACGGGAUAUGGUUCCCUCAGCGGUCGAGAGGUAUUUCGCCACAGGUGGUGAUAUUAUAUAGUUUGUAUCUUAUUUACAUUCCCGGUGCUACUGCCAUUGCUCUUGGAAUUACAGAGUGCUCGAGAGGAACUUUUUAAAAACUCAUUAGCUUUUCCAUUGUUACUAAAGGGCUAAUGGACUUUUUAAAGGGCAAAUGUCAUAGGUUAGUAUUACAAAGCAAAGAUCCAAAACUAAUAUGCUUAAUGAAAGUACUUAAGCAAAUAUGGGGUCACGUAUGUAUGCCGACGUGACCACAGUUAGGGAAAUCAUCUUAAAGAUAAUAUAAAGAGAUCUCUCAAGUCAAGACCAGGUUAAUGUGAAAGUGUAUAUAGACAAGCCUCCUCAAUAUUACGGUUAAUACGGAAUUAACAUCUCAUUCAUCAGUGUUAUUAUGGUUAGUGGACCAAGCCGUAAAAUAUUAGCUUUAUCUGGAUAAACUACAUUGUGUGCUCACAUUGACCUCAAGUGCCAUUCACAUACCUUUCUGUUUAGUGGUUGGUGGGUCUCUGGUGACUUUAGGAUUGGACGGCCAAACAACCAUCCAGAACUAAAAGUGACUAAAAGUGAAAGAUAAAUAUGCUCCAACAAAGACAUAUCAGCAGCCAGGUGUAGACACUGCAAGAAAGGCACAUUCAGCUACUUGAGGAGCUUGACAUUAAAACUGGAUUCCCAGGGGGUUUUUUUAACUCUGAAAAAUCACCUGAUUGAUCUCUAGGCAAUGGUCUACUCACAAUAAUUGUAUGUUUAAUGUAUAGUAUUUAACCACUCAAAACUUUCCAUUCAGUUGUGCUCAUCUGACCCACUUUGACAUGAGCGUCAGUCGUUUCUGAUGUGUUGAUUUCAAACACGGUAGAACAGAAAGUACACAACCGUUUUCUAAAUGUACAGAUAUUUUGCUACAGAUUUGUUGCAUUGUUUUUUACGUCUUAAUCCACUCAUUAACAUAUGGUUAAUACUGUACAUAUUGUUUAAAACAAAGUUUGCAACACCCUGUUCUAUACAAUUUGAAUGUUAUUUUAACUUAUAGUUUAUUUUUUUCUUCUCAUUUUGUAUAUUUAAGCAAAAACCCACCUGUCUUCUCUUUAACAGAAAGGAUCUAGUGUGUGGAGCAGAAUGCUUUGUUGUCACACUUGCCUGACAGUAAAAAGGCUUUUUGAUUAGAAGCGCAUCCUAAAUAGUAUCCUAUUCCCUGUAUAGUACACUACUAACAGAUAGGGCUCAGAUGUAGCGUCUUCAUAGGAAAUAGGUUAACAUUAAGGAUGCAACCAAUUGAUGUUCAGACAAGCAUUCUGCAGUCUCGGGACCAUAAAUGUACAUGUUGAAGCGUGUGCAACAAACCACUCAUCUCCAUAUUUCCUACGUGAUCUCUUGACCACUCAUCAGCUUCAUUCAUUAGACUGGAUAAUACUGGCAUGUUUUCCCUUUUCAAAAAAAUUUAUUUUUAGACCUUGUGUGCUUAUUACCAUUUUUUUUUUUUAAAGUUAGAUUCUCUUAGAUUCUCUGAGUGAUCAAUGCAUCUGAUCAAAUAAACCAUUUACACUAUUGUGUUUUUA